AUGAAGGGUGGAAGUAUUUUGAAAUAAAGCGCUGAUCGUAUAUCUCACAAUAUAUCAUCAGGAACCAUAGUUGAUUUAAUCGAUGUUCAUAAUCCAACUUUCAUGACUAAUAUAAAAAAUGUUUUCAAAAAUAAACUUGUCCUUAACACCACUGAAUCAAUCUUUUUAGAUUUUAAGAAAAGUACAUUUCAUGAAGUUGCUCGUGAUAAAUAUUUUGACACUUUAACUGCUUAUAAAAGAAAGGAUAAAGUAGAUUUGAUGAAACACCUAUCUAUUCCUUUAUAUGAUAUUUUCAAGUUAUCAAUGAAAUAAAACAGACCUCUUCCUUUCACAUUAUAUGAAGAUGUUAAAGAUAUUCAAUUUUACAUGGCUAGAAUAUACUCCUAACAUAAACAUGCAAAUAAUCCAAAUUAGACUUGGCAUUAAGUUACAUGCAAAUUCGUUUAUUAUGACAAGCUUUUAGGUAAAGAAGUGGCUAAAUUUAAUGUUUUUGAAAGAAGAGAAUCAGAUACCAAUUAAAAAGAUUGGAGAAUUUGCCACUUUGAUUGA